AUGCGCUUAUCAUUAUUCCCCCAAAAUAUUCGCGGAAGCCGGCGAUUUUAUCAUGAUUUACCCUUCAUACAUUUAUAUAAAGAUGUCACGGGUGAAACUAUAUCGGAAUAUUUUGCAUUAGAACUACAAAAAAAGAAUCAUAAAAUUAAAAACCUUAGUCGAGAACAAUUACUAAAUACUUUACAAGUACUAAGCAAGUUUGGAAUAAACGCAAAAGAUGCAUGCUUAAAUCCUCAUAUAUUCUGUAUGAACCUCAUUUCAAUGGAUAAUUAUGGAGAAAUUUUAAAGGAAUGUAACUUUACGGUAAUACUUCCUAAGCAUAUUAUAAGAUAUCAUACUUUGGUAAAAUCAAGAACAAUAUCACAAUUAAAAAAGGAUGGUCUUCUGAAAGAUAACCUUAACUUAGAAGAAUUAUUAUACAAUUAUUUCCAUGACUGGCCAAGAGAAUAUAUUCAUUUCCUUAACUUUCCUGAUUCCAAUACUAAUAUUUUAACUGUAAGGCUGAGUAUCUUAGAAAGAUAUCUUCAGUGGAAAUUUUCUAUAUCAUCUGAGGAAUUUAAGAAGUAUUGUAAAAACUACUUGCCCCUAAAACAUAGACCCAUGUGUGACAUACAAGAAGCUUUAAACAUUGCUCAAAAUGAUAUAAAAUUUGAUACUGAAUCUAUAAGAAGGAAUGGAUUCAUCAUAUCAUCAGAUCCAGUGAAUACUAAACUAAUAUUGGAAAAUGUGGAUUCAUUAGGAGGCCUAGAUAUCAGAACUGCGAUAAAAAUUGAACCAGCCAUAUUAAAAAAUCACUACCAAGCUCUUUUAGAUAUUAAAAAUAUACUUGAGCAAUACAACAUUUCAAAUGAAGCUCAAAGAAGCUGUUUCAAAGUGUAUUGCAUGCGGCCUGAAACAGUGCGAGCGAGAUUGGAACAUCUUACAAACCUAAAGGAAUAUCGAGUAUUGUCAUCUAAUCCUAGAGUGCUAUAUUUAGUGGUUCACGAAAAAAAAAUGAUGACUCGCUUAUCAAAGAUACAGGCAGCCAGGAAACAAUGCUUCAGUCUCAACCAUCUAGUGGCUUCAAGUAAAGUUUUUAAUACGUACAUUAAUAGCUUUGGUAACAAAGUCUGCGGUAGAGAUAUGGCAAUAUUAAUUAGCUCGUCUCUACAAACGAAAGAGAUAUCAAAUAAAUCCGUAUUAAAGAAAAUGAAGAAACACAAGUAUUGGCUCUACACAGCUCUGAAUGUCAUCGGGGAGAAUAUAAAGUUGUUGAAAAAGCAAUUCAGUGAUGACGUCAUAUUUAAUAACUGUCAUUUAUUGUUAUACCCCGGUUUCGAGCUAGAACAAUAUAUAGAGAUCCUACUAAAAAUCCGAGACGGCGGCACGCCGACAGAAUCUAGUAGAGAUAUAGACAUAAUGUAUAGGAACUUGAACUGUCACAUACUGACCGACAAUCAAAUAUUGAGCUUAGUUUUGUAUGAAAUAGAAAAGAAAUAUCACUUCAGUGGUGAUGGAGUGUGGAACAAGUCUGAUGGUAAAGGCACAUGGUCUCACCAAACUAAGGGAAAUGUUAUUAAU